CCUAGCUUCCGUUCGGGUGUUCUCAGAAAAAAAAAAGGAAAAAAAAGAGGUCUCCCCCAUGGAACUCAUAUUUUUAUCGACAGCUCCAUAUGAGUAUCAUUCAGCCACGAAGAGCGGACAGGAGAAGGGAAAGGACGACGAGCGGGAAGAGGAGGAUGACAAACCAGAAGAGGAGCAUGUUGAGGGUGGGAAGGACAACGAACUGGAGGAGCGGGAGCAGGAGGAGGAAGGGGAGGACGAUGAACACAACGACCUCGAGAGGGCACUGGGACGAUUGAAGGAGCAGAUAUGCCCGCAUAGAAGAAGGACGCUUAUGCAAGCUGCGGAUGACGGCCCCGACUAUGUGGCAACUUCGAAGGCUGUGCUACAUGUUGGGUUGUGGCACCAUUCCACGGGCGACAGUGGAUCAAACGCAGGACAGGGGGGAGUGUGGGAAGACCUUCGACAAUGUGACGACACCAUGGAUGGCUACUUCAACGAGAAGCAGCACAGCGCCGAGGAGCAGGAGAGGGACCACCAGAAGCAGCACAACGAUGUGGAGCAGCAGAGGGAGCCUGUGGUACUGGUUGGCCAUGAACUGCACAGUGGAGAGGGCAGCAAUGCCAUGUCUGUUCUCGGACAUCAAGCACACGACGGCGGAGAAGCAAGAGUCUUGUCGGACUUGCAGCACGUGAUGAAAUGUGUGGGAAUACGAUGCUCCUGCAGAAACCUCUUCUGUGGACGGACUGAAGGUGCCGCCGGGAAAAAAUGUUUUCCCGACCGUUGCAGACGUUCCUCGAGAUUGGGAGACCGCAUGAUACCGGCCGAAAACGACGAUGCCACCCUGGAGGCCCACCGCCAACAGUAGCCGUUUGGGGUCAUUGGGGGACUACGUAGACGUUGGAGGGCGGGGAUGUUCAUACUAACGUCGUUGGACCACAUCUGGACCACCCAGGAAUCGAAACUCUCCGUCGACGCAUAUCUUCGCCACUCCGUGAAUCAUGGUUCCUUGAGCUCGAAGGGACCCCACGAGGUCCCUUGGGGAUAAGGAAAUUUUGGUUGAGGCCGCAAGGACGCCACAAGGAAUUUUCGUUUUCACAUUUCUUUUUCAAUUUCGUCUCCAAGGACAGGUGGAACGAUUGCGUCCUAGUGGAUUUCACGUCCCCGAGGAGUGUCUAAUGACGCCCUAUGAACUAAAAGAGCACACUUUGCGAAACAAAUGGCAAAAAUUAAA